CAGAGCUAUUGAAAAUGUCUUUACUUGCAACAUCGUAUAGAUAUGAAAGUGAGGGUUCAAGGUUUUCUCAUAAAGCUUUUAAAGGACAAAAUAUUAAAAGCAAGAGAGAUGAAAAACAUGCAACUGGAAAAAAAUGUGAUUCCCAAGGAUUCAUGGUUGCUGAAGCAAUUAAGAGUCCAGAAAAGUUGGAGGAGAUAAUUGCCAGAAGAAAAGCAAAGAGAGAUAUAGAAGUUAUAAAAGAAGAAUUAAAGUACGAAAGAAAAAGUUUAAUUUUGCUACGCCGUUCACAAUUACGCACGCUUCUUAUGGAGGAAUUUAUAUCAUAUGAAAAAGAUUUGAUUAAGCAAGGAAAAGCAUUCUAUUUGGAGCGAAUAUAAGGCUAUACACACAUACACACACAUAUAUGUAUAUUAAUACAUAAAUACGUACAUACAUGCAUGCAUGCAUACAUACAUACAUACAUACAUA